CCUCUCCUCGCACGGUCAGGAGUCCAUGAACACAUCAUAGCCCCCGCAGGCGUGCGUCGUCCCACCCUGUCCAUAACCCUGCAUCAGCCUUUGCUCCUAUGCUUUGAGUCCGCUCCGGUCGGAGACAGCUCACCAUGUCCACCGGCUCCCUCAGCGAUGUCGACGACGAGCUCCUGGACGGCAUCCUCAAGUUCGCCUCCUCGGGCAAAGACUCCAACGAGAGCACGGAGGACAGCUCCAACUGCGAGGGGCCCUGUGCAAGCGACGAGCGCAGAGACGCGCCGGGCAAGAAGAGGAAGACCGGGUCGCGCAAAACGGCGCCCAAGGGUGUGGCGCCGCAGCAGGAGGGCAAGCAGGUGCAGAGGAACGCGGCCAACGCGCGGGAGAGAGCCAGGAUGCGCGUCCUGUCCAAGGCCUUCUCGCGGCUGAAGACCACCCUGCCCUGGGUACCAUCGGACACCAAGCUCUCCAAGCUGGACACGCUGCGCCUCGCGUCCAGCUACAUCGCGCACCUCCGGCAGAUACUGGCCAACGACAAAUAUGAAAACGGAUAUAUCCAUCCUGUCAACCUGACGUGGCCUUUCAUGGUCGCAGGCAAACCGGAGAACGAGUUGAAGGAGAUGCUGAACGCGACGAGGUUAUGUGGAACAACGGCCUCGUGAUGCAGAAAGACGGACACCUCCACGGGCCACGUUUGGUUACAGGAACGAUGCUUUUUCCAAGAGAAAGAAAGAAAAGAAAACAAAGGACAGAACAUUGACUGAAACACGUCUCAUCUCUGCAGACUCCGAGUGGGAAUAACGCGGAGAGAGUGCGUCCUCUCUCUUCCUUCGUUCCCGUAUAAAGCCAAGCUGAAUUUAUUUAAAUGCAUAGUGUCUCUCAUUGUUGUCUUUGCUGGUUCAAAGAUUAACGUGCAUUAAAUUGCUUUUUGUUGUUGUUGUUAAUACUCUGCAGAUGCAUUUGUACUGGUGCAGACCUGUUCUGGCAGCUGCAUUACGAUGGAUGAUGGCUGUGCGCAAUUACGCGCGAAUUUUUCAUAUGGUUGUACAGAUUACAUGUGUAUAAAUAUAUAUUUGUACCACUUUUA